GCCCACUGCCUAAGUACUAAGUAGCCGGUGGCAGGGGGGGCGGGUCGAUCCUGAUCUUCUAGAACAUCCAUCUUUGCCCCGCCCUUUCCUCUGCUUAUCAAGCAAAAAUUUAGAAAUCAAACUAUUAUCCAGGGCAACAAUCUUGCCAGUCAUCCCCGCCAGCCGACAUAAAUUUCGAGCCUGAUAUCCCUACGAACUGGUGGUCUUUGAUUGUAGUGUUUCGCUUCCCCGAACAGUGAAAACACUCCCCCCUUCCCCAGAGACUUCACCACGAUACACUGCCACAAUGUCUUCGAAGCCCCACCACGACCCCGCCUCCGACGAGGAGCCGGAUGUCGUCGACAUGGACGAGGUUGCCGAGGAGAUCCCAGCAGAGAACGCAGAUGGGGACAUUGACAUGUCCGAGCCCGACGAUGACGAAGGGGAGGAGCUGCAACUCGUGAACGACUCGGUCGCAUAUUUCGACGCCCAUAAAGACUCCGUCUUCGCCAUCGCCCAGCACCCCACGAACCCAAACAUCAUAGCCACCGGCGGCAGCGAGGGAGACUCCGACGAUGCUCCAGGAAAGGGAUAUGUGUUUGUGGUCCCUGAGAUAGCGCACAACGAGGGGCCCGUGCUGCCACCAAGCUUCGCCGCCGACCCCCAGGCCGCGGCCAGAGAGAUGGCCAGCCAGAAGGAGAACGUUCAAGUUCAGCCCGUCUUCGCCAUCGACGGACACACAGACUCGAUCAACUCGUUGGCCUUCACACUUCCCAACGGAGACUUCCUCGUUUCGGGCGGCCUUGAUGGCCGCCUAAAAGCGUACAAGGUCGACGCGUCAAAACCGAGCUUCACCCCCGUCGGCGAGAGCCAGGAAGUCCCCGAGAUAAACUGGCUGGCGCCAUGCCCCAGCAACGACUACCCCAACUCCAUUGCCCUGGGAGCAUCCGACGGGUCCGUCUGGGUAUACACGAUCGAUCCAUCUGACGCCACAAAUCCACUCCAGAUCGUCCAGACCUUCUUCCUGCACACCUCGAGCUGCACGGCCGGCGCAUGGACGCCAGAUGGAUCCUUGCUCGCCACCGUGGAUGAAGAGAGCAGUCUAUACGUAUGGGACGUAUGGGGACUCGCGGCUGCCAAGGGCCACGUGAGUGACAAUGGUCAGACCGUCGUCUCCCUCACACCGACGGAUCAGAGGUUCGCUGUAGAGGGCGGUCUCUUCUCCGUCGCCGUUGAGCCUCGGGGAGGAUACCUGGCUGUUGGUGGCGCCGGAGGGGCUAUCAGGGUUGUCGGCCUGCCACGGCUCACGGAACAGGCGGCAGGAGCUACACCACAAACCGGCUCGAAGACAGGAAAGGCCAAGGGCGCCAAGGCAGGCGCAACGCGAGGGGCUGGGGCCGAGGCACAGGCAGGCCAGAUCCUGGCGGCAUUGCAGGUGCAGGCCGACGGUAUCGAGACGCUGGCUUUCGCCCCAAGCUCCGCAUCAGUACCCCUCCUGGCUGCUGGCUCGGUCGACGGCAGUAUCACGGUCUACGACCCAAGCCGGACAUUUUCCGUCCGGCGACACAUCCAAGGCGCACAUGAAGACUUUAGUGUCGUUAAGGUCGAGUGGGUGAGGCAGGCACAGACCGCAGGGCUACCAGCAGCACAGCAGCAGUGGUUGUUGACGAGCUGCGGUAUGGAUGGUGUGGUGAGAAGGUGGAACCUGCAGGGUGCCAGCCCUACACAGCAUGUUCCCAAUGCGACGGUUGCAGGCCUUGAGAAAGAGUGGAAGGGCCAUCGGGGAGACGGUGAGGGUGGAGGUGUGCUGGGUUUUGUGCAGGGGCUUGACGGGAAGAGGAUCAUCACUGCUGGUGAUGAUGGCAUCGUGCUGGUAUUCCAGGCAUAAGCAGUAGAUAUAAUCCAUGCUCACGAGCUGGCUUAAUGAGCUCGAUCUUUUCGUAUGAGUCCAUGACUUUGGCCAGUCUAAUACUGAGUGGGUGGAGCCGGGCAGUGCCAAUGCAGAUUACUGAGACGGACCUGUCGAAUGCUGCGCGACGCCCCAGCCACAAGACCACAAUUCCAAGCAAACUUAACUUGGAACCCGGCAAUCAUAAGC